CGCGCUCGUUUCAAGCAGACGUAAUUCGUUCUCUCUCACCGAUACCGAUAGCGAUAUACCGAUACCGACUCCCUGAUACCGUUGUGUGUGUUUGUGGUUAUGCUCUUGUUGUUAUUGUUAUUAUUGUGACUUGCACUCUCUCUCCCACUCUCCUGGUCGUUCCCUGCAAUUUUCGACACUUUUUUUUCGUGUGUUCUUCAGUGUUGAUCCAAGAAGAAGAAGAAGCAGCAGCAGAAGAAGCGGCGGCAACAACAAAAACAAGAAACUGCGAUUGCAGCACAAUAAUAACAACGAACAGUUAAGACGAGAAAAUCGCCCGGAAGUAAGCAUUUCGUUGCCACCGAAAUAAGAAAAGACAACAAGCAGCAAGAUGUCUCCAAAAGCGCUAAAUGUGCGCGUCACGACAAUGGACGCGGAACUGGAGUUCGCCAUCCAGUCGACGACGACGGGCAAACAAUUGUUUGACCAAGUGGUGAAGACGAUCGGCCUGCGUGAGGUGUGGUUCUUUGGCCUCCAGUACACCGACUCAAAGGGCGAUCUGACAUGGAUCAAGCUGUACAAAAAGCCCGAAUCGCCGGCCAUAAAGACCAUGAAAUAUUUGAAGCGUGUAAAGAAGUAUGUGGACAAAAAGACAGCCGCUGACAAUAAUGGAUUGAAUCAGGCGGAGACCAGUGAAGACGAUGACGAUGCCGAUGAUAUGACUGGAUCAAUGCCGUUCUCGACAUGGGUGAUGAACCAGGAUGUGAAGAAGGAGAAUCCAUUGCAGUUCCGUUUCCGCGCCAAAUUCUAUCCCGAGGACGUGGCCGAGGAGCUGAUCCAGGACAUUACACUGCGCCUGUUUUAUCUGCAGGUGAAGAAUGCCAUACUGACCGACGAGAUCUAUUGUCCGCCCGAGACAUCCGUAUUGCUGGCCUCGUAUGCCGUCCAGGCGCGUCACGGUGACCAUAACAAGACCACACACACAGCCGGCUUUCUGGCCAAUGAUCGUCUGCUGCCGCAGCGUGUCAUUGACCAGCACAAGAUGUCCAAGGAGGAGUGGGAGCAAUCGAUUAUGACCUGGUGGCAGGAGCAUCGCAGCAUGCUGCGCGAGGACGCCAUGAUGGAGUAUCUGAAGAUUGCCCAGGAUCUGGAGAUGUAUGGCGUUAAUUACUUUGAGAUCCGGAACAAGAAGGGCACCGAUCUGUGGUUGGGCGUCGAUGCACUCGGCCUUAAUAUCUACGAGCAGGAUGAUCGCCUCACACCCAAGAUUGGCUUCCCGUGGUCCGAAAUCCGUAAUAUUUCCUUCUCGGAGAAGAAGUUCAUCAUCAAGCCGAUCGACAAGAAGGCGCCGGACUUUAUGUUCUUUGCGCCGCGCGUUCGCAUCAACAAGCGCAUCCUGGCCCUGUGCAUGGGCAACCAUGAGCUCUAUAUGCGUCGCCGCAAGCCGGACACUAUUGAUGUGCAGCAGAUGAAGGCGCAGGCGCGCGAGGAGAAGAAUGCCAAACAGCAGGAACGCGAAAAGCUGCAGCUGGCGCUGGCCGCUCGCGAACGCGCCGAAAAGAAGCAGCAGGAGUAUGAGGAUCGGCUGAAGCAGAUGCAGGAGGAAAUGGAGCGCUCGCAGCGCGACUUGCUGGAGGCCCAGGAGAUGAUCCGUCGCUUGGAGGAGCAGCUGAAGCAGCUGCAGGCCGCCAAGGAUGAACUGGAGCUGCAUCAGAAGGAGCUGCAGGCGAUGCUGUUGCGCCUCGAGGAGGCCAAGCAUUUGGAGGCCACCGAGAAGGCCAAGCUCGAGGAGGAGAUUAUGGCCAAGCAGAUGGAGGUGCAGCGCAUCCAGGAUGAGGUCAAUGCCAAGGAUGAGGAGACGAAGCGUCUGCAGGACGAGGUGGAGGAGGCCCGCCGCAAGCAGGUCAGUGUGGCCGAGGCGGCCGCUGCCCUGCUGGCCGCAUCCACAACGCCGCAGCACCACCAUGUGGCCGAGGAUGAGAACGAGAACGAGGAGGAGCUGACGAACGGCGAUGCUGGCGGUGAUGUGUCGCGCGACCUGGACACCGACGAGCAUAUCAAGGACCCCAUCGAGGACAGACGCACGCUGGCCGAGCGCAACGAGCGCUUGCAUGAUCAGCUCAAGGCCCUGAAACAGGAUCUGGCGCAGUCGCGCGACGAGACGAAAGAGACGGCAAACGACAAGAUUCAUCGUGAGAACGUGCGCCAGGGUAGGGACAAGUACAAGACGCUCCGCGAGAUCCGUAAGGGCAACACAAAGCGUCGCGUCGAUCAGUUCGAGAACAUGUAAAGAUAUAUUACGGCCAGAUAGAGAGAGAGAGAAGGAGUCGAGUCUCCGAAA